AUGGUGGCCAAGGAUUAUCCGUUCUAUCUUUCCGUCAAGAGGGCAAAUUGUGCCUUGGAAGUGCAGACAGCGACCAGCCCAGCUAAGGAGACGGAGGAGCCCAGCAACAAACGGGUCAAGCCGCUUUCCAGAGUUACAUCGCUAGCCAGUCUCAUUCCUCCUGUGCGAGCCACUCCACUGAAGCGAUUCUCCACAACACUUUCUCGUUCUAUCAGUUUCCGUAGUGACAGUCGCCCAGAUCUGUUCAGUCCACGACCAUGGUCUCGAAAUAUGCCCUCUGCUAACACCAAGCGGAGAGACAGCAAACUAUGGAGUGAGACCUUUGAUGUUUGCGUCAAUCACAUGCUUACAUCUAAAGAAAUCAAGCGUCAAGAGGCUAUCUUUGAACUUUCACAGGGGGAAGAAGACUUGAUAGAAGAUCUGAAGUUAGCAAAAAAGGCUUAUCAUGACCCAAUGCUUAAACUUUCCAUAAUGACAGAGCAAGAGUUGAACCAAAUUUUUGGAACAUUGGACUCUCUAAUUCCUCUACAUGAAGAUCUUCUUAGGCGACUUCAAGAUGUCAGGAAACCUGAUGGAUCAACAGAGCAUGUUGGCCAUAUCCUUGUGGGCUGGCUUCCAUGCCUAAACUCGUAUGAUAGCUACUGCAGCAAUCAAGUUGCAGCCAAAGCUUUACUGGAUCACAAGAAACAAGAUCACAGAGUGCAAGAUUUCCUACAGCGCUGCUUAGAGUCUCCUUUUAGUCGCAAACUGGACCUUUGGAAUUUCCUUGACAUCCCAAGAAGCCGUUUGGUUAAAUACCCAUUACUGCUCAGAGAGAUUUUGAGACACACACCGAAUGAUCAUCCGGAUCAGCAGCACCUUGAAGAAGCUAUAAAUAUAAUUCAGGGCAUAGUGGCUGAAAUCAACAUAAAGACUGGUGAAUCUGAAUGCCAGUAUUACAAGGAGAGACUUAUUUAUCUUGAAGAAGGCCAAAGGGAUUCACUGAUUGAUAAUUCACGUGCUGUAUGUUGUCAUGGUGAACUGAAGAACAACAGGGGAGUGAAACUGCAUGUCUUCCUCUUUGAAGAAGUGCUGGUGAUUACUCGAGCUAUCACCCACAACGAACAGCUCUGCUAUCAGCUGUAUCGGCAGCCAAUUCCGGUGAGGGAGCUCGUGCUCGAAGACUUGCAGGAUGGAGAAGUGCGAUUGGGUGGAUCCAUACGUGGUGCAUUCAGCAACAAUGAGAGAAUCAAAAACUUCUUUAGAGUCAGCUUCAAAAAUGGAUCUCAAAGCCAGUCUCACUCGCUUCAAGCCAAUGAUUCCUUCAACAAACAACAGUGGCUUAACUGUAUCCGCCAGGCCAAAGAAAAAGUUACGUGUGCAGGCAAAGCUGGCGUGCUGAACUCGGCAGCACAUUUUCUUUUGUCACCACAUGGAAGCAGAGUACCCCAGGGAGAAACCACGCUCGAGCAAAUGGACCAAUCAGACUGUGAGUCCGACUAUAGUAUGGACACCAGUGAGAUCAGCAUCGACUGUGAACGUAUGGAACAGACAAACUCCUGUGAAAAUGAAAAGCAAAUAGAAACCAAUGUUUGACAAAACCUUACAGUUCACAGAAGUACAUCUGUCUCUUACCUGUACAGUAUUUGCAUUCCAUACAUGGAACCAUUUGGAGAAGCACUUUUAAAAUAUUUUUUGUGACAAUGUCAAUGCAGUCCUUCUUGUAUUCGUACCUAUGAGUGUAGUACUGUAACUGCCAAUCUGUAUAAGCUGGAAUCUCUUGCAACUCAUGUCCUGUGAUUAUAUUCCAUAAAUACCUAAGGUGGAUGAAAGAGGUACUUGACCAGUUAUUCUCAAUGUCCUGCUGUAAACAGAAUCUCUAAACUACUGUUUAUAUGUGCAUUACAUAAAGAAUCUUUUCAUAAUUUUUGAAGUACUUUAUUUGCCCUUUAAUGGGGCAGCUGAAGAUGUGGACUGAAUAU